CAUGGCGUCUUCGUGAUCCCUCUCUCUCUCUGUAUGUAUCUAUAUGUUGGGAAGCUACGGAGAAGUCAUGUGGCCAAGGCUCGUGGCCAACAAGAUUCUAAGGAAGAGAGUGGGGAGCAAUAACUUCGUCGCCGACUUCCCAACCAACACAGAGAGGCUUCUGGAAGCUUCUACAUUAGACAACCGACCUUCCUACACCUCCGACGCCUCUUUCUUUGAUCCUCGAAAGACCACACACAACUACAGAGUUUUCGUUAGCACAUGGAAUGUUGGUGGCAUCGCGCCGAAGGACGGGCUUGAAUUGGAAGAUCUACUGGAAACACGUAAAACCCCAUGUGACAUAUACGUUACCGGGUUUCAAGAGAUCGUGCCUCUUCGAGCUUCAAGUGUUUUUGGGUCGGAAAACAACAAAGUAUCUGCGAAAUGGAAUUCGUUGAUAAGAGAGGCUCUGAACAAGAGGGCACGUCAUCGGGAGGGAGGCUUGUCGGAGUCAAAGGGCAUUAACGGUAUUUCACAAGAUUUCCGGUGUAUCAUAAGCAAACAGAUGGUCGGAAUAUUGAUAUCCGUCUGGGUCCGGAACGAUCUCCGGCCGUUCGUCAGUCAUCCUAGCGUCUCUUGUGUUGGAUGUGGGGUCAUGGGUUGUUUAGGAAACAAGGGAGCGGUGUCUGUUAGAUUUCACUUGCACGAGACGAGUUUUUGCUUCGUGUGCGGCCACCUUGCCUCCGGCGGCCGCGACAAAGAUGGAAAGCAAAGGAACUCCGACGUCACUGAGAUCUUGGCAAGAUCGAGCUUUCCAAGAGGCCCUUCACUCGAUUUGCCCAAACAGAUUAUGGAUCACGACCGAGUGGUUUUACUGGGAGAUUUGAAUUAUAGAAUUUCGCUGCCGGAGGAGAAGACGAGGUUAUUGGUGGAAAGACAAGAAUGGGACAUCUUACUCGAAAAUGAUCAGCUGAGUAUGGAGAUCAUGAAUGGGCAUAUAUUCCGAGGAUGGCAAGAAGGACUUGUGAAAUUCGCUCCGACAUAUAAAUAUAUUCCAAAUUCGGACGUAUAUUACGGAUGCAUUAAACACGAUAAUAAAGAAGAGAAAAAACGAUCUCCGGCAUGGUGCGAUCGGAUAAUUUGGCAUGGCAAUGGACUGAAGCAGCAUGCAUACACGAGAGGAGAGUCAAAGAUAUCUGACCAUAGACCGGUCAAAGCAAUAUUUACCGUAGAGGUUGACGUUUCAUAUUUUCGUAAUUUUUUUCUAUCCGAUAGAUUCGAGAGAAGAACAAACCCGCUUGAAACACACUCGACGGACCACUCGUUGAUUCCUAUGUAAUAUAAGACGCAUCCAAAUGUUUUCAAGGGCUGAAUAUAUUAUUAUUAUUAUUAUAGUA